GAUCUUUUUCAUUCGUUGAGAAAUGUCUGCUCCGGUUGGUAAUCAAGGAGUUUAUACUAGAAAGAUGGCCCGAGCUCAGACCAACCCACUGAAGAAACGAACAAAAUCAUUUGCUUUCAGGAGGUUUAACUGUGGUCUGAGCUCGUCUUCACCUGGUCCAACCACUGCCUCAACUACACCUACUCCCGCAAUAACAAUUGCCCAUCUGGAGCCUGCCCCGGAACCUUUUAAGGUUGAAUCACCAGCUCAGGAAGCAGAGGAAGCACCUACAAAGGGAAAAGAUCCUGAGUGCCAAAAGGGCUCCCCUCUGUACUCAAAGCAUAUCAAAACUGAGGACCAUAAGUGCCAAAAGAGCUCCCCUUCACACACAAAGCCUACUAAAACUGAGGGGACCUCCGAUUAUAUGAGGGUCUCCCAGGAAAAGGGUGAUGAGCCUAAGUAUCUAGUCCCCCUCUUCGGAUCCUGUAAGAGAUCCAUCUCUCCAGAGGAUGCUGAAGAAGUAAACCAACUAAAACUAAAUCAGCUCUGGCAAAAAUCUGUCUCCUUAACCUUUAAUGCGGUUUACUGUCAGCACUUGGCAAAAAAUCGUUUGGACGAAGUGUUUGAUGAGAUGAAUAGGCUCAUUACUGUGUGAAAUACUCUCCGAGAACGUGUUGGUCAGUUGGAAAAGCUUUUUGAAUUUGAGACAAUUCAGGGUCGUGAAGAAAAGGCUCGAACGGAAUUGGAGAAAAUAAAGGCUGAGCAGGAGAAAAAACGAGCGGUCGAGGAGAGGGUUCAAGCAGACUCCCUUCUGGCUCAAGUUGAGGAGUCGAGGAAAGCACUUUCAGAAGAACUUCAAGUAACCAAGGCCGCCCUAGAGGAGGAGAAAUCCACCGUCUCUAAGUUUACUGCUGUGGUAACAUCUAAGGAGGCUGCUGCUACUAUAGAGGCCUUCAAGCAGUCUAAAGAUUUCCGCAACUUGAUGUUCGAACAGUUUGCCAGUGGGUAUGAUGAUUGCAGGGCAGUGAUACAGGAACACCAUCCUGGUCUGGACCUGAGUUGGAUGGACAUGAAAGAAGAAAAAGAUUGAGCAGCUUCCUUCUUGAGUGGUUUUUUUCUACAGUAGUGCCCACUUUGCCUUAGCUUGGAAAUGUAGUUCAGAAGCUUUCACUUGCUCAAAAUUUUGUAAUGAGUGUUUUUGUAACAUUUUGUUGUCUGCUCGAACUUCUUGUAAUCAAAACCUUUUAUAAUCUGCUUUUGUCAAUGAAGUAUAUCUUCUCAAACA